AUGGCCACCUUAGCCAGGGGAAGCUUCACCGUGCGGAGCCUCUUGGAUUUACCUGAGCCAGAAGGAGGAGGAGGAGGAGGCGGCGGCGGCGAGGGGCAGGAGCCGGCAGAAAGCUACGCGGCUUCUCCCUUCCGGGCGUGGAUGGAAACCGAAAAAAGCCACUAUCUCUCUUCAGACGACAGCGGCGCCGAGAGCCGACCGCACCCGGGCCCCGCCUCGACCCGGCAGGCAGCGCGGGAGGCAGACGAGGAGGAGCAGCUGAAGAAGAAGCGGCGGGUGCUCUUCUCCAAGGCGCAGACGCUGGCUCUCGAGCGACGCUUCCGGCAGCAGCGCUACCUGUCGGCGCCCGAGCGGGAGCAGCUGGCCCACUUGCUGCGCCUGACGCCCACCCAGGUCAAGAUCUGGUUCCAGAACCACCGCUACAAGAUGAAGCGCGCCAAGGGCGGCGAGCGGGGCAGCGCCGGGAGCGGCCCGCCCCUCACGCGACGGGUGGUGGUGCCGGUGCUGGUGCGGGACGGCAAGGCCUGUCAAAGCUGCAGCGGCGGGACCCCCUCGCGAAACCCCGGCGGGCCCCAAGCAGCGUUCAAUCUGCCGGGCUUCUCGGCAUUCCCGCCAACCUCCUCCCUGGGCCUUUUCCCCGCCUACCAGCACUUAGCGCCGCCUUCCUUAGUAUCCUGGAACUGGGGCUGA